GAGAGAGGGAGAGUACUCCCAGCGCAGCCUGAUCAGUGUUUCGGUCGCCUUCUUGCGAUGUGGAUUACAGCUCCCACUGCUUACUGGAUUGCCAUUCCCAUUACUGGAAACUUGCCUUGAAGAAGCACAGAGGAUUUUUUUAUUAGAAUUCAGCUUUUUGACAGCAGUAAUUUUAAUUUAGGUGUUAGGUGGACUUCAGCACUUAAUUCAGACUGUUGUACAUGAGCAUGGAGAUAAACGGUCGUGUCCUGCCGCCAUCAAUACCUGAGGAUGGAGAGGCCCCGGACCAUGUUCUUCAUGGGGAGAUGAACGGUUACCACCAGAGGCUGCAGGGCGGUGACGGGGGAGAGGCUGAGGUGCCGGUGUCCAAGUCCCAGAGACGAAAGAGCGAUGUCAAAGUCUACAAGGAGUUUUGUGAUUUUUAUGCUCGCUUCAACAUGGCCAAUGCUCUGGCCAAUGCCAUGUGUGAGCGCUGCAAGAGUGGUUUUGCCCCGGCUGAGAAGAUAGUGAACAGCAAUGGGGAACUUUACCAUGAGCAGUGCUUCGUGUGCGCCCAGUGUUUCCAACAGUUCCCAGAGGGACUCUUCUAUGAGUUUGAGGGCAGAAAGUACUGUGAGCAUGACUUCCAGAUGCUGUUUGCUCCCUGCUGCCACCAGUGUGGCGAGUUCAUCAUUGGCCGUGUGAUCAAGGCCAUGAACAACAGUUGGCAUCCAGACUGUUUCUGCUGUGAUAUCUGCCAGGCUGUGCUCGCUGACGUUGGAUUUGUGAAGAACGCUGGAAGGCACCUGUGUCGUCCAUGUCACAACAGAGAGAAAGCUCGAGGCCUCGGCAAGUACAUCUGUCAGAAGUGUCACGCCAUUAUUGAGGAGCAGCCUCUCCUGUUCAAGAAUGACCCAUACCACCCUGAUCACUUCAACUGCAACAACUGCGGUAAGGAGCUGACGGCUGAUGCCAGGGAGCUGAAGGGGGAGCUCUACUGUCUGCCCUGCCAUGACAAGAUGGGCGUUCCUAUCUGUGGGGCCUGUAGGAGACCCAUCGAGGGCCGUGUGGUUAAUGCCAUGGGCAAGCAGUGGCAUGUGGAGCAUUUUGUGUGUGCUAAGUGUGAGAAACCUUUCCUGGGACACCGUCACUACGAACGCAAGGGCCUGGCCUACUGUGAAACACACUAUAACCAGCUGUUUGGAGAUGUUUGCUACCACUGCAAUCGUGUCAUUGAAGGAGAUGUGGUGUCUGCCCUGAACAAGGCCUGGUGUGUCAACUGUUUUGCCUGCUCUACCUGCAACACCAAGCUCACCCUCAAGAACAAGUUUGUGGAGUUUGACAUGAAGCCAGUGUGCAAGAAGUGCUACGAGAAGUUCCCCCUGGAGCUGAAGAAGAGACUGAAGAAGCUGUCUGAGACUGUGGCCCGGAAGUGAACGCAUAGCAGAGCAGCUGGAAGGAGGGAGAAAUAGAUGAAAUGUGGUGAUGCUAGUCGCACUUCCAGAGUUGACAAUCAUAUAAGACAGGAUUUGUGUUUUUUAUAUAAUUAUUUUCAAACUUAGGUCGGUUAUUUCAGCGAACACGCCUCUUUAUGUCCUUUUAGUUACAGAGGAUCAUUUCACGAGCCUGAAACUGACAGAUGGGCCAACACACAGAUUGUUGGUCAGUCAGUCAGUAGGUUUAUCAUCAACCUGUAAAGUGCCUUUAGCUCAAAUACUGCGCUCUAUAUGCCUCACAUGCUUGCCUUAUUUCACUCUAUGUAUUAAACCUAAACACAGAUGAUGAUGACGAUCCUGUAAUUUAAAAUGACAUAUGAGCUUUAAGCAAACACGGGAACGUGUGAAUAUUAAAAAUGCGUAUUGACAGACUGUUCAGCUACUUGCCAACUUGUCUCAUGACGCCAAGCCACGUGUCCUCUGUUUGACUCAUGUUACUGAUACUUGAGUAUAAUAAUGGAGUAAACCCAAAGAGAGCAAAAUACAGUUUUAUUGAAUGUGUAUAUAGUAUCUCCAAUAUGUCAUGUUUUUCACCAAUAUGUAUUACUUUAUAUGUUAUUAAUGUGUAUUUUCUUUAAUAUUAUACAAUAUAAGUUUGUGUUUAGCUCUAUAAAGUUAGAACUUCUUUUUGCAUCCACAGUUACUGUAGCCUCCUUAAUGCUACACUGAUGGACUCAACCAUCAACUGCAGUAUGCUGGAUUGCCUUCUUAUGUGCUAUGCAAACAAUCUCUAUGUAAACUGGUAUUUACAAUACAAUACCAGUUUAUUAGGGUCACUUGUACAAUCUCAUAUCAUCCAAUACAACAGCCCUGAAAUAAAUCCCAAGUUUAUAUUGUUCAGUUUUUGUGUUAUCUACUCGUUUAAAUACAUGAGGGCGGCAGGAUAACUCAGUCCAAUUCAACACCAUAACCACAGCUUUAGAAAUUACUACAGAGAUUAAGCAACACCUCUGACAUGCUGUAAACAAACACUGAGCAUAAUAAGCUUCACAGUAACAGGAUUUAUUGCAUGGCAACUGGUGACCAUGUGUGUCUUGCAGCAUGAUGGCUUGUGGCGUGUGCAGAGACCGGAUGUGGGAGUAAUGUUGGAUGUUAGAGAACAUGUGUUACUGCUGUUUGUAAUCCAGAGAAAGUGAUCCUCUUAGAGAGGUGUACCAACUUCCUCAGGGCUCAGACCCUCUUAGGAAAGAAAGCCAAGUGUUGCGAAUAGGAAAGAAUAGUUUCACUUGCGCAGUAUUUUAUCACAUAUGUUUCACAUAGUAGUUUAGUAGAAAAACACAUUCCACUAUUUAUGGAAAUACAAACCUGUGUUUCUAGGAAUUUCACUACCUGCGCCACAACAUUUCUCACUUGAAGAAGAAGAAAUAUUCACUGAACUUUCUGAACUCCUAAAAAUAGUCCAGUGGAAAGUUUUCUGAUAUGUUACUACCUGGGCGACUGAGAUGACUCCACAUAGACAGACACUGCUCCAAUACUGUAUUUUAUCUUUGCAAUGCUUGUCAAGAGACAGUAUUUAUUAUGUAAACACACCAAAGUGCAUGUUCUAGACAUUACUAUUUUUCAUUAUAUCCAAAGUAAUUCUGUCAGUUCACCUGAAUAAACAUGUAUUUCAAUGCUA